AUGUUGUGGGAAGAGGGCGUCAAGGUCUUUGAUUCAUAUUCAGAAGAAAACUUUUGUCUGUGUGCAAUGUUGUUUUGCACCAUAAAUGAUUUCCCAGCAUAUGGGAACUUGAGUUGUUACAGUGUUAAAGGUCAUUUUGCAUGUCCUAUUUGUGAAGAAAAUACCAGCUAUCUUCAACUAAAUCAUGGGCAGAAAACUGUGUACACAAGACACCGAAGAUUCCUUCCUCGAAAUCACCCUUACCGUAGAUUGAAAAAAGCGUUUAAUGGAAGACCUGAGGACGAUGUAGUGUGCAGACCGCAUAAUGGGGAAGAAGUAUACGCCCAGGUUCCACAAGGUUAUUCAUCGAAUAUUAGUAGCCUUGUUUCUAUGAAAGAUUUGAAGUUGGUUGGUUUAAAGUCUCACGAUUGUCAUGUCUUAAUACAACAACUUUUACCAGUAGCUAUUCGAGCCAUAUUACCUGCCUCUGUUAGAGGUAUUCUAACACGUUUGAGUUUGUUUUUCAAUGCCAUUUGCAAGAAAGUUGUUGAUCCUCUACAGCUGGAUGAUUUGCAAAAUGAGGCCAUCAGACUAUUGUGCCAAUUGGAAAUGUAUUUCCCACCCUCAUUUUUUGAUAUCAUGGUUCAUUUGAUUGUCCAUCAAGUGAGAGAGAUUCGAAUAUGUGGGCUGGUUUUCUUGAGGUGGAUGUACCCGGUCGAAAGAUACAUGAAGAUCUUAAAGGGAUAUGUUAAGAAUCAAUUGAGACCGGAAGCUUCGAUUAUAGAGCGCUACAUUGCAGAGGAAUUCGUUGAAUUCUGCUCAAGUUAUAUGCCAAGUUGUGACCCAAUAGGACUUCCAAAGAAAAUACAUGAGAGCAGACCUGAAGGAAAGGGAGUUCGAGGUGUAAGGAUUGAAAGUGUUAGUGGAAGAGAAGUUAAUCAAGCACAUUUGUACAUUUUAAACAACACAGAGGAUGUUAUUCCUUACAUUUCACAACACAUUGAUGAAAUUAAGUCAGCACAUCCACAUAUGAGUGAAAAGUGGACACUUAAUGAACAUAACAAAUCCUUUUUAGCUUGGUUUAAGAAAAAGAUUUAUGCGACUCCGAAAAUUUCUGAAAAUCUAUUAAGACUAGCUCAUGGACCUAACACUGAUGUGAUCACUUUCGGCGGCUAUUACAUAAACAAUUACUUGUUCUAUUCAAAGGAGGAAGACGAUAAAAGUAGAGUUCAAAACAGUGGAGUUACCCUACAAGCUGAGGCCUUACACUUUUCCAGUUCCAAUGAUAAGAAUCCAAUUACAGCAUCAAUCAGUUAUUUUGGAAUAAUUCAAGAAAUUUGGGAAAUCGAUUAUCUUACUUUUAGAGUUCCAGUUUUCAAGUGUAAAUGGGUUGACAGUAAUUCUGGUGUGGUGACAGAAGACCUCGGAUUCACUUUGGUGGAUCUUUACAAAAUGAUUUACACAGAUGAACCAUUUAUUAUGGAAAAUUGCGAUAUCCCUAAUGAUGAGAGGAUAAGGAAGAAGAUUUUAUCCCACAUUGUGAAAAGGAUGGCCGCCCAGCAGAGGCAGAAUCUUAAUGAUACACCACACGUACUAUCACGUGGUGGUUAUGUGUUAUUAGAGAAAAAGAUGAGAAAACGUCGCGUUGAGGAGUUAGGUCUUGAGUCACCUGAUCUAUUACCUCCACCAGCCAAACAUGAAUUGUGGAAGGCUGCACAGACAAAGUCCAAUGGCCAGUUUCCAUCGCAGUCUGUGAUGACAAAUUUAUGA